AUGGAGUCUCAGCCCAUCCAUAAUCUUCCAGACGAUCUACUUUCUAGAAUCCUUACUCACUCCUCCGAGCAACCGGUUUCACGCGGAUCGCACCUGGACAAUUUGGCCACUGAUGUUUGGCCAAACUGGCCACGUCUCAUCCUCGAUACAGUUACUCCGCACUACACAUAUCUGAUCCCGGACGUGGUACUAGCCCCUCCUCCCGCCGCCGACGUGGCUCGGAAUCUCAUCAUCGCGUCCGUCUGCCGUCGUUGGCGUUGUCUGGCGAAGCUUUACGUGACCACGCUCUCCGUUAAAGCAGACCUCUCAGCUGCCUUAGCGUGCUUCCCCAACCUCACCAAUCUGCAUCUCAGCGACGACAGCAUCGAGUCGCCCGAUGACGCCUUCCUCUCUCACCUCGCUGUGUCAUGCCCAAAACUCACGAGUCUCCAUGUGGGAAGGAGGUUUGCAGGGCAAUUGCCCUUCGACCCCUUGGAGAAACCCGGUUUCACCAACCUCACUGCCCUAACAACCCUGCACAUCACCUUCCCCAUGCACCAUCGUCACCUCUCCACCCUCCUUCACCUCCCACUGCUCGCCCAUCUCUUCACCUCCGCCCUUCACCAAAGCCAUCAGCCGGCAGGUGCUGCAAGCGUGACGCUGCCAUCCUGCCUAAAAUCGCUUAUCUUUUUCUCAUCUUGUCCACGAAAUCUCAAUACCAUGUUCGCAUCAGCAUCGCCUUUGACCAAGCUGGAGGAGCUGCUCAUCACCAACUGCAGUAGGGAAGGCUCUUCCCAUGUGGUGGACAUCUCGCACCUGUCGCAGCUGAGGGUGCUGAAGCUGGAGUGCGUUGGGGUGACAUGCGGGCCUGCAGGGACCAGCAGGUGGUCGUGUCUGCAGCAGUUGGAGCAGCUUGAGAUGCGUUUUGAAAGCGGCAAUCAGCAGCCCCCAGUCCCCCUGAACUUUCUCCCUCGCCUGCGCAACUUGCUGAUAGAGGCGCCGGGAGUAUGCAGCCUCCUGGAAAACAUGGGGGUAGCGUUGCCGCUACGGCAGCUGCAGCUUCUUUCGUGGACACCGGAGGAGCUGCCAGGCAGCAUAUUGGACCUCCACUCGCUGACGUCACUUAAGCUUCGCGCACCUCAGAUGGUGUCGCUAUCUCAGGGCAUGAGCCGCUUGGCUCGGCUGCGAAAACUGGAGCUGGUUGACUGUGACACCUUGCAGCACCUCCCUGAAUGCCUCACCCAGCUGCACCACCUGAUACUGUGGCACACCCCCAUCCGCUCCCUCCCUGGGAAUCUUGUGCAGCUAACUGAACAGCCUUGA